CUCAGCUGCGUGCCUCUGGAUACCUUCACAGUUCAGGAUUCCCCUGCAAUGGAUUGGUGGAAGAACAAUUUCUGGAUCAUCUUAGCUGUGGCCAUCAUCGUUGUCUCCGUGGGCCUGGGCCUUAUCCUGUUCUGCGUUUGUCGGUGGCAUCUUAGACAAGGCAAGAAAUGGAAAAUUGCCAAGCCCUUGAAACAAAACAAAACAAAUGAAGAAAAGAUGUAUGAGAAUGUUCACAAUCAUUCGCCAGUUCAUUUACCCCCUCUGCCACCCCGGGGUUUGCCUCCUUCACAAGACUCCUCCCCACAGGAAACCCCAAGUCAGCCGCCAGAUACCUACUCAUUGGUAAACAAAGUUAAACGUAAGAAGAAUGUUUCUAUCCCAAGCUACAUUGAACCUGAAGAUGACUAUGACGAUGUUGAGAUGCCUUCAAAUACUAAAAACCAUCAUUUUGAAACAACUAUUUCUUCUUUUUGGCAAGCUGAAGAGGGUUCACACAGCUUAUUUUAAAACAAUCAGAAUGGUUGAACUUCACUAGGUCUUCAGGUCCUGAAAACCAGUGGUAAUUUAUGAAACUCUAAGAUAAAGCACUUCCUGAAUGAACAUUAUGUGAAGACACCUCAGAGAUCAGGCCCUGGAGACAAAGAGGGGUCAGCUCUGUGCAUCUGUUGAGGAAGUGUUCAUGGGGAGGACCACUGGGCUCCACGACUCCCAUCUGCAAGAAAUUACUCAUAUUUGGGAAUGCUUUCCCCUUUCCUUCCCUUGGUUUGCAUGGUUCUAAGUGAUCUUAAAUCUUGGUGUUUGAUUACACAGAACCUCCCAGGCUUCCAUCCCCAGCCAAGCCCUUGCCAAGCACACUGGUCUUCCCCACUCCCAGCCACCUACCUCCUGCACCAAGAGGCUCUGGGUGGCAGUUACAGCUGAGUGCUCUUGUGCGCAAGACCCCACGCCACAUCUUGUGAGUUUGUCAGGACAGGAAAUACUUUUUGUUCUUGUGAGUCCUCUCCACCUACACACACACCAACCCACCCCAGUACCUUUAUAUGAUAUAGGCCUUACUGACCACAGAGAUUCAAGCUCUGGCCUAGGUUUUUCCCCAUGCUUACAGGUUGCACUGUAAUA